CAAGAAGCGUGCGCGCUCCCUGCAGUCGUUGCACAUUGGAGAGGGUGAGCCUGGCCAGGAAUGCGCGGCGUGUGUAGGAAUGUGAUCCAGGCAGCCAUCGGUUAGAAGGUGCGAUCGGUUUCCCGUGGAAGUUUUGAUCGCGGAGCGGUAGCUCUCACAAUGGCUACUCAAAUGGUGAGCCAAGCCAGCAGUAGCAGCUUAUUCUGCAACAGCAGCAGCUUUGGCAUUGGUGACAUGUAUGGCUUACAUGAUCUUUCUAAAGCAGAAAUGGCAGCUCCUCGAUUAAUAAUGCUAGCAAAUGUAGCUCUUACUGGAGAAGUUAACAAUGGCUGCUCUGAUUAUGCUUUGGAAGAGGACAAGCAAAUGGCUGAAUUGACCACUGUUUAUGACAGUUUUUCUGAUAGUGAAGGAGAAAGAAUGGAAAUGGAAGAAUCAGCCAUUGAGAGUGAGGCACCCAUCUUUGACAUAAUGGAAAUUCAACCCCCUCAAGUGCAGGAAGAAAAUAUACGUGACAAUCAAACUCCUACUCUUGAUAAUCCCGUAGUAACUGAACAAGAAAAAGAUGCAGAGACUCCUCCAGCGGCUGAAGAGAAAAACAAGAGCACCAAAAGCAAGCCUUUUCAGUGUAGGCCAUGCCAGUAUAAGGCUGAAACAGAAGAAGAGUUUGUUCAUCAUAUUAAGGACCACAGUGCUAAGAGAUUUAUUGAUCAUGACACAAAUAAAAACACAAAAGAAUCAGGAUCUUGCUCAUCUGAAGAGGCGGACACUUCUAAAGGACCCAUCAGAUGUGACCGAUGUGGCUAUAACACCAAUAGAAUUGAUCACUAUUUGGCACACUUGAAGCACCACAGCAAAGCAGCUGAAAAUGAAAGAGUUUACAAGUGCACCAUAUGUACAUACACAACAGUCAGCGAAUAUCACUGGAAGAAACAUCUCCGGAAUCACUUUCCAAGGAUUGUUUAUACAUGCUCGCAGUGUUCUUACUUUUCAGAUCGUAAGAAUAACUACAUUCAGCAUAUAAGAACACAUACAGGGGAAAGACCUUAUCAGUGUAUAAUGUGUCCAUAUUCCAGCUCACAAAAAACCCAUUUGACUCGACAUAUGCGGACUCACUCAGGUGAAAAGCCAUUCAAAUGUGAGCAGUGUAAUUAUGUAGCAUCAAAUCAACAUGAAGUGACACGGCAUGCCAGGCAGCUCCAUAAUGGGCCAAAACCUUUAACAUGCCCACACUGUAACUACAAGACGGCAGACCGCAGCAAUUUCAAAAAGCAUGUGGAGUUGCACGUCAACCCACGUCAGUUCUUGUGUCCUGUUUGUGAUUAUGCUGCAUCUAAGAAGUGUAACCUGCAGUAUCACAUUAAGUCCAGACAUUCUGGUUGCACUGACAUCACAAUGGAUGUUUCCAAAGUGAAACUGCGGACAAAAAAAGAAGUGCCAGUUUCGGAGUUUAGUGUAAAUAAGCAAGAAGAAAAAGAAAAUUCACAAGUAAGCUCUGAGUCGGUAGAAAAGAAAACUGAUGGGAAAAUAAAACCGAAUAAAGAGAAAUGUGAAACCCUUAAAUCUGCUUCCAUUGGCCAAGUUACCAAACGUAGUUGCAAGAUCUCUUCACAUAAGACUGUUGAGGAUACAAGUGUUGAUAAGAAUACUUUAAAAGCCAAACGUGUAAAAAGAAAAUUUAGCUCGGUACCCGAAAAGCCACUGAAGACCAAUGAUGCACAAAAUAUCAGUAUGAAGAAACGUAAAUUGAGUCAAAAUAACCGAGUGUGUGAAGUACUUAAAAAAGGAAACCGAGCUGGAAAGUCCAAGAAGCAGAAGUUAUUUAUGAAUAAGAGUAGCCAACAGAAAACUCUUAAUAGAAAAAAAACUAUGUUGAAAAGCACUGAUACCGCAAAAAGCAAAUCUAAGAAAACGCCUGUGGAUUAUGAUGCAGAAGCUAAUAUCCUACAGAACCAGCACUCGGCCAGCACACCUGACCUACCAUUGGGAGCUUCAUCUGCUUCCGAAAUUGUAGUUGAUCAGCCCGAUGCUAAAGAACCAGUAGAAAACGGUCAACAGGAAGGAGAAAAUAGUACUGAAGAAGAGGCUAUUCGAAAUGACGCAGCGGCUAUUGGAAGCGACGCAGUGGCUAUUGGAAGCGACGCAGCGGCUAUUGGAAGCGGCGCAGCGGCUAUUGGAAGCGACGCAGCGGCUAUUGUAAGCGACGCAGCGGCUAUUGUAAGCGACGCAGCGGCUAAUGUAAGCGACGCAGCGGCUAAUGUAAGUGACGCAGCGGCUAAUGUAAGUGACGCAGCGGCUAAUGUAAGUGACGCAGCGGCUAAUGUAAGUGACGCAGUUUCCUUUGUUACUUCAACUGAUGAAAAAAUAGAGACUUCUCAUGACCUGCCCUUAGAAAGAGACAAUAGUUUGACAGAAAGAGAAAUUGCUCAGAUAGAGAACACUCCAGUGACCCAUAACACUGAAAUAAAGGACACCGAAACAAAAUCCUUACCAGAGGUGCAAACUUCAGACUAUGUUUCCCAAGCAGAUCAAUCUGCAGCAGUAACUGAAGCGUUUCAGUGUUUCCCUAUAAAAGAAAUGGAAACCGAUUCACAGAUGGAAUACCCAGUACAAUGCAAAUCAGAUGACUUAAAAUUGCCUCAGUCACCGUCAAAUGCAUCAGUUGAUCAGCAUACAGAAUGCAGUGAGCAUAAUCCAUGUGACCUCAUUAGUGGUGCAUCCUUGGAUGUUGAGGAAGAUGAAGGAAUCCACAGUCAUGAAGGUAGUGAUAUAAGUGAUAAUAUUUCAGAAAGAAGUGAUGACUCUGGCUUAAAUAGUUUACAAUAUGCUCAAGAAACUUUAGGUUCAAAACCUUCAUGUGAAUUGACUUCUGUGGCUAAAACUCUUGCUGCUGAAUGUUUUGUCUGCAUUUUUUGUGAUCGUACAUUCAAGAAAACGGAGGAAUAUACAAAGCACCUGAAACGCCACUUAGUCAAUGUGUAUUACCUUGAGAAAGCUGCACAAGAUAGACUGUAAACUGAGUUUCAUAAACACUGUUACAACUUUGGUCAUGCAUUCUUUAUAAUGGUACACAACUCUGCAGUAUACUUUAAUGGCUCGAUAACCAUCCCACUCCUAUUUGCCAAUUCAACUCUUUAAUUUCGAAAAUGUUAAAUUUCUAAGGUCUAUUUUUUUGUUUUUGUUUUUUUGUUCUGAAGCCUCCUUUAGCAUUGCUAUUUUUAAUUGAAUAGCUGUUUAAGGUAAAUAAAAUGGUAUAAAAAUAUUUAGAAUGCGCUCUAUAUUAAAAUUGAAUACCUUGCAGUACAGUAUUUCCUGCCAUUCUUCAGCUCACGAAUGAACAGGUUUUCUAGCUCAUUCCAGCCAGGAUUUUUUUUUUAGACUUUACUAAAGUACCAGUUGGUAUAGAAAUGAGAGUUGACACUGUGGCAGUCAUUAAAGUCAGCACUAAUGGUAUGCAUGUUUUUUUUGAAUCAGUGACUUAUUUAGCAGUGAAGAGAGGAUGAAGGGGGACAAUCCUGGCACUUGCACCUUUACAAACAAGACAGCAGAAGCCCUUUCCAUGUUCUGCUCCCUUAACCAAGGACCAAUAAAAAUUCUGCCUAAUUUUUAAACACGUGCAGAAAAAAUUUGCUUAUUCAAGGGCUGUAAAUUUACGGAAAUAUUUUUCUUACACAUAGCUGAUGUCCUUGGCUGACUGGCUUUUUAACCUAUUUAAAAUAUUUAACAAUGUUAUAUUAAUUGUAAUAAUAAAUAACUAACUGGAUUAGCCUUGGCUUUUUGCAUUGUAUUGUCCAACAAUCAGCCCCAAAAAGAAAAAACAUAUAUCCAAUGUGGCAGGUCAGUACCUAGAAAGUAGGGACCUCGCAUUAAUUUUGUUGUAUUUGCUUAAAAACUCAACUAACAAAAGUUUUACAUCUGAAAAAAGAUAAAUAGACAUUGACACUUAAUUUUGUUGUUUCUUCACAAUAAUAUGUAAGUAUUGCAACGGCAUUUCAGAGCAUAUUAAAGCUUGAAACAUUCCA